UAGAUUCCGACUCAGUCCUAUACACUUCAAUCUCUCCCAUCAGUUUUUCAACCACCAAAAACAUAAAAAAAAAUCAUGUAUUGAUACUCAUUUUCACAUGAAGAAAUAUUGAAUGAAAGAGAGAAAAAAAAAGUGCCAAUUAGGGAAUUUGAUUCAAUAAAGUAUCCACGAUCUGGUAUGUGAAUAAUUAUUGAGCAAGAAGAAGCCAGUUAACAAGGAUCUACAAGGAUUUGGGAUCAUAUUACAAGCAGUAGCUUCAAGCAUGAAUAUGAAGAUUGCUGAUUCUUUCGGCCAUACUGAUUGCAAAGCCAGGAAGCAAUGGCAUAUGGUAGGAAAUGUGUGUUGAUCAAAGGGAAACAGUGGAAAUCACAUGACCACCAUGAGCUGAGUGAGGAACAACUCAGUUUAUGUUGAGAGCAAUGACGACAAAGCCAAUGAUGUCUUCAGCUGAAGUUGUCUUAGCUUCCAUCUCAGAAAUCAUUGAUUCCACAGCGUGCACUGAAGAAGAACAUGGAGAAUUUAUUGAGAUUGGAAGCUACUUUUAUCGAGCAGCUUUGGCUGUUGAGGAGUUGCAGGCACUAGACCCCACAAAAUUUGACGAAAUCCUUCAAUCUCUAAAUAAAAGCAUCAACCUUGCGAAGUAUCUUCUGGAAAAGUUCCUAACCAGCAUUCAACUAGUCUCAAAUUCUGAUCCCAUUAGCAUCAUAAAUCCACUAGAAGAGGUGAUAAAACAGAUGGGUGAAUGCUUGAACAAGAUAGCAACCGCUACAUUCAAGGAACAAAAUUAUGUGAAAGUGGCAAUUUUAUCACUUUCAGAUGAGAUGAAAAAUAUAUCCAUUAAAAUUGACCAAGCUCAAGCCAUAAUGAACAUGCAAGAGAUUCAAACUUCUUUGGAGGAACAGUCGGAAAAAGUACCAGAAGUUAUAGAAAAAGAUCUAUACCCCAUUGACAUGGACUGGGACACAAGCACAACCAAUACACAAUCUCCAGUUGCAUUAGAGUUGAGUAACGCUGUUAUUAUUAGAAAGGGUGGAAGAAGCCAAAUGAAGUAUAGAAAUGCUACAUCAGACGUGGAAAAACUACCCUCAAAGACCCAUUACACAAAACCUCUCUUUGAAACCUUCAUCUGUCCAUUGACAAAGAACAUAAUGGAAGAUCCAGUUACCUUAGAAACGGGAGUGUCAUAUGAAAGACAAGCAAUUGUUGAGUGGUUUCAAGAGUUUAAAGAAUUUGAGGAAACUUUCUGCCCAGUCACAGGGCAAAAGCUUGUGUCCAAAGCUUUUAAUUCCAAUGGAGCUCUGAAGUCUACAAUAGACAAAUGGAAUGAACGCAAUGAGACACCAACAAUUGAAGUCACCCGGGAUUCUCUUUCCUUAGCCAGUUCAGAUGAAAUGGUGCUUGAGACAAUCAAAGACCUGUCAAGCAUCAGCAACUUAGAACAGAUCUUAGAUUUUGACAUGUUACAGUUGCUCGUUGACUUUCUGGAGUACAGAGACAGAGAUGUUAGAUAUGCAGUUCUACAGCUAUUGCAUCAAAUGGUAGAAGUCAAUGAAGACAACAAGAUAAUGAUCUGUAACCAAUUGAACAUGUCAAGAAUAAUCAAUCAACUAUCAAGUAGUCACAGGUCCAUUCGAGAUACAGCAUUGCUUCUGUUGUUUGAGCUUUCAAAAUCCCAGUCAUUGUCAGAUCCAAUUGGUUCAGUAACUGGGGGGAUUUCAGGGCUGAUCAGCAUGAAGGACAACAGUUUAGAUGAAUUUUCUUCAGAAAAGGUAGAUGAAACCUUGAGAAACUUAGAGAAAUUUCCAACGAAUAUCAAGCUUAUGGCAGAAGGUGGACUCAUGGAACCCCUCAUAAGGCAUCUUACUGAAGGUAGUGAGUGGAUGAGAAUAGAAAUGGCAAGCUAUCUUGGGGAGAUUGUCAUCAGACAUGAUUGUAUGGCGUAUGUAGCUGAGAGGGCCUCUCCAGUUCUUGUCAAGAUGGUGCAUGAAGGAGGUACAUUUACCCGCAAGGCAGCCCUUAAAGCUCUAUUGCAAAUUUCAUCUCACAGGCCUAAUGGUAGAACAUUAGCAGAAGCUGGAGCUGUACAAGUCAUGGCUGAAGAGAUGUUCACUCGUACCAUCCGUGAUGAACUUAAUGAUCCAAAAGCAGAAGCGACUAAAAUCCUGGCAAAUAUAUGUGAAUUCGGUCUUGACCUUGAGACACUUCAAGUUAAUGCUCAAGGCUACACUAUGAAUUCAGAAUAUGUAGUCUACAACAUUAUCGAAUUGCUCAAGAACUCAACUUCAGAUGAAUCAAUAUUUAGCACGAGUCUCAUCAGAAUACUGUUAUGCUUGACGAAAUCUCCAAAAUCAAUGGACACCAUUGUUUCAGGUGUAAAAAACACUGAAGCAUGUGAUACCCUCAUAUAUUUCAUCAGUAGUCCAGAUGAAGAACUUGGAGCUGCAGCAAUAAAAUUGCUCAUAUCACUGUCCGCUUACAUGGGGUUCACAAUGACAGAAAGACUCUGCAAAACCAGUGACCAAGUGGCGAAUCUUAUCAGCAGCAUUGCCUUGACAAACCAAAUCAAAGAGAAGCAGACACUUUCAGCAACAUUCUUAGCAAAACUCCCUCACGAUAGUCUAGCCCUCAACACCAUUCUGGUAAACAAGAACACCGUCCCCAAGCUCCUGCAAACAAUCAAUCAUAUACAAAGCAAUGGAACAGGAAUGAGCAGGUAUGCAAGUGCUUUACUAGAGGGUUCAGUGGGAAUUCUUGUCAGAUUCACAGCAACAAUUUAUGACCCACAAAUAUUGUUUCUGGCAAAAUUACACAAUUUUACAUCAGUGUUUGCCAACCUGCUAACCCAAACAUCAAGCAAUGAAGUUCAAAAGCUAUCUGCCAUUGGGUUGGAGAAACUAUCAUCAGUAUCUACUAGUCUAUCCAAGCCCCUGAACAUUAAAAACAAGGUUAUGAAAUUUCUCCACUUACCCAAGCUUCUAUCGUUAGGUCCAUCACAGAAGGGUCACUUACGAGUAUGCCCAGUUCAUAAAGGGGCUUGCUCUUCACAAAACACAUUCUGUUUAGUCCAUGCAAAGGCAAUUGAAAAGUUAUUGACAUGUUUAGACAAUGAGAACGAAGAGGUAGUUGAGGCAGCUUUGUCAGCCAUUUGUACGCUUGUGGAUGACAAAGUGGAUAUGGACAGAAGUGUGAGGCUACUGAUCGAAUUUAACACAAUAAGGCAUGUCCUGAAUGUGGUAGGAAUCCAUAAACAAGAAUCUGUAUUGCAUAAAUCAUUUUGGUUGAUGGAGAAGUUGUUGCUCAAGGGUGGGGAAGAAUCACUUUCCAAUAUAUCACAGGACAGAUCGUUGCCUGCAAUUUUGGCUACUGCUUCCCAUCAAUGGAACAGCGAGACGAGGCGAAUAGCAGAAAAAAUAUUAACCCAUUUGAAAAAGGUACCAAAUUUCUCAGCUCCUAAUUAUAGUCUAUGAUUUUGCCAUGUUCACAAGUUCUCAAAAUUUGCUGCUGACUGCGUUUGUGAAGCUGAUUAACGACAAUCAAUAACUCCGGCAAACAUCGCUCGGACAAGAUGGAAUUCAAUUCAUCAAAGGACCUUGUAAAUUUGUAGGAGCGAUUAGCAAAGGAAAUGCAUAUCGAAUUAAGAUAAAAUGAAAUAUUAUCUUGAUUGACCAGCAGCUAUGGACAGUGAAUAAGUAGUAAGAAACAAGUAGUAGCUUCUUCAAAAGGGUCUAACCAUUCCCAAUCUGGAAAGAUUAUUCUUCAUUCUUAGGCAUAGAACAUGACAGAAGUUUUAAAAAAAUGUACUUUUAUAGGUACAAUUUUGACUCUUUACAAUAUAUACCAAUUUUGAUUUGUACUUUUAUUUAAAUAGCAACUUUUAUUUUUUCA